UGUCCCCGCCCGCGGGGCAUCCCCGGGACUGGGGCGGUGUCGGGAAGCAAGGUGGAAAUCUUUCCUCGGCUCCGGGAACCGCAGCGCUUCUCAGGCAGUGUGGGCUGCGGGCCCUGAAGGGGUUUGGGUGCAAGGCUUGCGCGGGUGGUGUAAGGAGAGGAGAGCGAAGGCGCGCCCCGGGCUAUUGGUUUAGAUGGUGGGUCGGGAGGUGCCGGUGUUUUCUUUAGCGUAGAGCUUGAUAAGGGAACAUGCAAAGCUGCCGUGCCGCUUGUGUGUCUUCCGGACAGAGCUGACAGUGCUAUUCGGAAUUUCUGUGGGCGGUCCGUGGAUGAAAUGCGUAGAUUCUGAUGCAGACUCCUCCUCUCCUUGCAUUUGGACCUUCAAGGAAGCAGGAAACCUGACGGUUCUGCUUUCAGAGGUGUGGGGAAAGCUGCUGUUCUUCUUCCUUUUAGGCCAAGUCAUUCUGCCGGCUUCUCCCAGCCUGCCUGGCAGAUUUAAAACCCACUGUGCACAUGUAGAAGCAAGCUGCAGGUACCACUGAAGGUCUGUAGACUUAGAGAAGGCUUGGAAGCAUGGAAGGCCUCUGUGCAGCCAACACCACUUUUGCAGUGGACCUGUUAAGGAUGCUGUGUGAGAAGAAAAGUGGGCAGAACGUGUUCUUUUCGCCCUUUAGUAUUUCUUCUGCUUUGUCUAUGAUUUUGCUGGGUUCAAAAGGUAGCACAGAAGCCCAAAUAAGCAAGGUGCUUUCUCUGAGUAGCGUCAAGGAUGCUCACAAUGGGUAUCAAUUCCUUCUGUCCAAAAUUAAUGAUCCCAACACCAAGUACAUCCUGAGAACUGCGAACCGGCUCUACGGAGAAAAGACCUUGGAGUUUCUUCCAUCUUUUAUAGAGUCAAGUCAGAAAUCCUACCAUGCUGGCCUGGAGCAGAUGGACUUCCUGCAUGCUUGGGAGGAUUCCAGGAGGCAAAUCAAUGGCUGGGUAGAGGAAAGGACUGAAGGUAAAAUUCAGAACCUGUUGGCAGAGGGGAUUCUGAAUUCCUUGACCAGACUUGUGUUGGUGAAUGCCAUCUAUUUCAAAGGCAACUGGGAAGAGCAAUUUGACAAACAGAGUACCAGUGAAAGGCCAUUCCAGAUUAAUAAGAAUGAAACCAGACCUGUGCAGAUGAUGUUCAAGGAGGCACAUUUUAACAUGACCUACAUUGGGGACUUCCAGACCAAAAUCCUUGAGCUCCCGUAUGUGGGUAAUGAGCUGAGCAUGAUCAUCCUGCUCCCUGAUGCAAUCCAGGAUGGAUCCACAGGCUUGGAAAGACUGGAAAAAGAACUCACAUAUGAGAAGCUGAUGGUUUGGAUCAGUCCUAAAAUGAUGGAGUCUACAAACGUGCAGGUGUCUUUACCAAGAUUUAAACUGGAAGAAGAUUACGAUCUUAAACCUAGUUUAAGAAGUAUGGGAAUGCUGGAUGCAUUUGAUUCAGGGAAGGCAGACUUUUCAGGAAUUUCAGCUGGCAAUGAGCUGGUGCUCUCUGAAGUGGUUCACAAGUCCUUUGUGGAAGUCAAUGAAGAAGGCACAGAAGCAGCUGCUGCCACCGGGCUGGUCGCUAAUUGCUGUGCAGCGAGAGUACCGGAAUUCACUGCUGAUCAUCCCUUCCUUUUCUUCAUCCGGCACAACAAAACUUGCAGCAUUUUGUUCUGUGGCAGAUUUUGCUGUCCCUAAAGAGGAGGUGUCUUGGCAGCAUUGCACUUACUGUGCCAUGACACAAUAAAUUUACAUUUCCCUGGAACAAG